AUGACUAGCAAGGGCAAGUUAUCCUGCCUUCUCCACGAAGUAUGGAUGGGACUGUUUGUUUUAGGGAUUUUGACUGCGUGGACUGGGAUAUCAACUGUCGCUAAGGAGCGCAACCAAGUGAUAUCUCCCCAUUUCGGGCCACCAGAAUGGCUCUCGGCGCAGCCAAGCCACUCGGCAGGCGAGAUCUCUCGGCUCGCUGUACUUGGCAAAAGUGAAGUCGAAUCCUACGGAGAAAAAGAAAUCGAUGAUAGCUAUGGCCAAUCCAUGGUGGAAACUGGGAAGGAAAAAUCGAAGCUUGUUGGGCUACUAGAACAUGAGCAAAUCAUGUACUACUCUCAGAAUCUUCAACACGCCUUCAAAAGAUACAAGGCAGUGGCUGCGGAAGAAGUAAUGGCGUCACUUGCUUUGAAACAUACUUACACAUUCAAAAGGUCGCUUUUGGAUAGAAAAUCUUACACGCAACGGAAAAUGGAAAUUUUAGAAGCUCUACGUGCCGUCAAUGCGGGCGGACAAGCCUUGGAUCUUAUUUUGGCAAAUAAAAGCAGACCACUAUUUUCGUGGGCAAGCUCUCUGUGGAGGAACCCUUUAGCAACGCUUUCAAAUGUGGUUACUGUCGCAUUUAACGAAACAUUCGAAAAGACAGCAGGAUUUCCAACUGAUGAAGUUAAAAGUGCCUGCUUUUCUUUCGGAUAUCGCGUCAAUAGCAUUGCUCCCUACACCGCUGUUCUUCCUGGGGGCAUUUUUGGAUCAAUGUUGAAAUCACUUUCUCGCUCCUUCAUGCUCGUAUUCUAUCCUGCUUAUGCAAGCUUCCGAGGGAUUUUUGCCCUUAUGAUUGGAGUUAUUUGCAAAACUGGGAUUAUAGCGUCUUUCGAAAAAUUGGUCAAAACAUUGGUUAACAUCGCGCGCCUCGGACUACGUGGCACGCGUAUGCUAUUUCGUCGAUUUGCUGUUCGUGGAGACCCCGUGGCAUCUCCACUUGUGCAAGAUCUGCUUCGCAGAUUGUCCCCGGCAAUGAUUACUCUGCUUUUCCAGCUUUAUGCCGUUGAUGUGAGAGACAUCACAGAAAAAGGGAAGCUCGCAAGCGAAGCCCUUGCUGCAGGCACUGCGUCCUGGAACUAUGCUGAUGGUCUGUGGAUAGGAGCAUUCGACUUUGGACGGGCAUUUAUCAACACUAUCAGAACAUACAAACAGCGGGCAGAAGCUUUUGUUGGAUACUGUGAAAGUAGGGUAAUGGAAACUCGACCAGGUACCCCGGAGGAACAAGCAAUGCUAGAUUUAGGCCAAGAGGCAGGCGCUUUCGGGGACUCGACAACGAAUGGCUUACCUUCAGGCUUCCAGGAAGUGCCGUCAACGGAAGAGCUAAUGAACGCUUUUGACGCAAUUGCUCCAGGCGUUUCGGUGGAGCCUGAAGAAGCUAAGCGUCGCCUGGACUCUGCCUGUCGGAAAAAUAGGAGAUUCGUUGCAUCGUUCAAGACCGAUCCCAUGAGAUAUGUGCAGUCAGUUGUGAAUCAAAUUGUCAAAAUUUUGAAAUACGAUUUCAAGUUUUUCCAAUCGUAUAUCGGCGAGAUGAUGUCGAUCUUUUACGAUACUGCCUAUCUGUUGCUAAAUGCUGACGUGGCGAAUGUUUUAAAUGAGAAACUGCCUGUUGACUCGGUUGGCGAACAAGUUCAAGCUGCCAUCGGAAGAUUUCAAAUGCAUAGAGAAGCUGCUCUAGAAGCUAGCAAGACUUCUCUACCAAGGAAAAUGUUCAGAGAGCCAUGGCUUGUCAAGUCUGCCAGGGAUCUUGCGCACGGCUUUUUCGAGAGUGCUGGCGGUCUAUCUCUGUAUUAUGUAGUUGACGAUAUGGGCAGCGAGACUCUCAGAACCCGUCGUGACAGAGCGGCAUUCAAGCUUUUGAGCGCUGGCGCUGGGAAGCUACGGAAGUCCGUGGAGUCUCUUUAUGGUCAAUUCCUCUCAAGUCGCAUCAUGAUUACGCGCUUGGAAGGGCACGAAUCAGUUAAGACUAUCCAAGAUUUUCUGGGAAAAUGCAACCCCAAACUGGGUGUUCCAGAUUCAGAUGUGUGCGGUAAAAUUGUGACCACUGAAGUUGACCCUGUUGCCUUCGUUAAGGAAGCUCUCUAUGCUCUUCAUGCGCCUAUGGCGGCUGCCCCGGAUGAUAUAGCUGCUCUCCGAGACACCGGAUUCGGUGAAGUCUUCGCCCGUUGGAAUGAAUUCUCGAAGCUCUCCAAGCGUGAAAGAGCUGUAGCCAUCGCUGCUAGUGACAAAGCCACUAUGGAGAGCUUCUUUGAACACCUGCGUCGCUCCAUUAUAAGCAGGCUUGUCUUCGCACGAUUUGAUUAUGCCGACAACUUCUCAACUCUAAUCCUUCACGACACUAACGGACGAAGCCUAAAAUUUAUACCUGAAAAUCCCGAUGACGUGCGAGCUCUUAGCGGACGUGGAGAAGAGGCAUCCAGCUUUAGGCCUUCACCACUCAACACCUUUUGCUGGUUUCACCUUGAGGAAGGGUCAAAGGGAACAUUGCAGUUCCCACUUGCAUCUGAAGGGGCCGCACUGGAAGGCGCUGAAGUAGCAACGGGGGCCGUAGCUCCGACAGAGGGUUUGCCUGUACAUAAAAUCGCAGGGCGUAUCCAAUAUCGUGAUAGGCGCGAAGAACUCUCCUCAAUAAAGAACGACCCUUCGGCUGUGCGUGACGUGGUGGUCGCUAAAUUCGUCGACUAUCAAGGCCGGGCUUCAGCUGAAAUGAUGGCGAGCCUGCUUCACCUUAUCCAUUCGAAGUCAUCCUCUUUUUGGAGCCACAGCCCGUCGGUCUUCAUGCAAAAUGUUACUCCAAAAAUGUUCUUUGAUGCUCUUCAAGCUCUAUCCACUUCAGCAGGCACAAAACCACAGGCUGGUAUCAUGUUGGAAGGACGUCUGUACACCUUCCCACUUAACUUUUCGACUUUGAAGGGCGUCUUUCUGGGGGCGGUUAAUCGGCUUAUUACGCGCAUGCACAGUCUCGACUCCAAAGAUAUGGUUGCUGUUUUCGCCAUGACAUUAGCAGUCAUGACAUACCACAAGAUUCAGAAACACCGCACUGGAAAAACACUGAUAAUGAAUCUUUACUUAAGGGACGUCCUGCACCUUGUACAAGCCAGCAAGCGUAGCGCACUGUUCACGGAGGCGCCUUAUUGCGCGUGGCUUGAAACAGAGACUCAAAAUGUUGAGGAGCUUAUAGUAAAGUGCUCAGCGCUUCGCUUCCUCAAGAUUGGCACCGUAAAGGAUAUUCCAGAUGCUGAUAAGGGCAACGUGCUUAACUAUCUUGCAUCUUUUUACAACAUUUUGGAAGCUGUCCGUGGCUCAACAAAAUGGAUGGACUUUCUCAACAUCUAUACCUUUGCUCCCGAGGCCGACAUUUACGCCGCCACUGUUGCCAAAUACUCUUACGAAAAUUUCCUAGAGGAGCUCCGUGUAGAGCAAGCAGGCGCAGAAGCUGAGGACGUGGUUACGAAAUUGUACACUGAUAUCCAUCCCGCAUUAGGUGGGCCGCAGCGGUACGUCAAGGAUCGCAAGGAUCUGGUCACAGCAUUGAGGAGCUUUGCAGAGAAUAUCAAGAAACUACCUCCCAGCCUGAGGAAAUUACUGCAAAACUACGUCAAUUCAUGCUAUGGCAAACUUCGAAGAUUUAUCGGAGCAAAACAGUUUACUCUGUUCAGAACUAUUCGACCCAAUGUUCUUCAUGCCUCAACAUUCUUCGCUGCAGUUCAGGGUGCUGAAGGGUUGGUUUUUCCAGACCCUAAUUUACCCCGUGGAGUUUUUAUCGACUCCCUAGAUCUCGUUGAAUAUGGAAAAAUUCAACUUGCCUUUGAAGAAUUGGCCAUGAUACUGUCAGAUGCUCAAUCGAUGCAGAGCAUCAUAGCGGAACUGCGCUCCGUCCCGGUUCAAACAGUUGAAGCGAAAGAGGAAUAUAACAAGCUGAAGCGUAGAAUUGAUGCACUACCACUAGCGACAGUCGAAAUAGCUGCCGGGUGGGCGCUUCGUUACAUGAGCGAAGGCAAAGGAGGCAUGGAUACUGCCAUUGGCAUGCUGGCCCUCAAAAGCCCAGAACCAGGGCAGCUCAGCAAGGCUUUGCAGUUGUCUUUCUCGAGCGUUGAAGUUCUGACAUUUCUUAAUAGCUCUCUUAGCGUCGCUCAAAUCUUGCAAUUCUUCGACAAAGCCACAGCGGAGGAUUUGGCGCAGCUCCGGAUCACGCUCGGAGCUUUCAAAGCUAUUGCACAGGCCGAACCACGAAGCACUGCGCUCAAUUUGCAUACAAAGCACUCACUAGAUAGAAGCAUCACAAACAUCAUGGAAGCUCUUGAUCAACUCCAACUUUCGUUGGAGGGACAGACAUUGUUUGAGCAAUGCGAUAGCCUGCUGAGACACAAGCCCGAAGUGUAUUUCAACGGUUCGCUGGUUUCUAGUAAUAUGGACGAAUCAGUUGUUCUAUGCUAUCUUCUCCUGGAGUUGGUAAACCGUCAGCAGGCUAAAGAAGAAGAAGUCGCUGCAAUAGACCUGGUACAAACAACAAUGAUCGACAAAAAACCUGUGCAAAUGUAUAUUCAAGACCUCGUAAACACACGUAUCAAGAACGAAGUUCGUCUAGGGAUCGCCAAUGACGUGGCACCCUUUCUUCGCGGCUUGCUGACUGCCUUUAUGGGGCACCAGAUUGGCUUUAUUAGCGCUGCUCAGUUCGCAUCUGUGGAUAUCGCGACAGGCGUUAUGACAUUUCUUGUAGUCCAGGCCGUCGAAUAUUCCAGCGCGAAUCCCCAUAAUCCUCUCAAACCGGCAGAGGUCUUCAAGAAAAUUGCUCGCGUCACAUUCGGGGCAGAGGCUUUCGAAGGACAGAAGGGUUCUAAGAUAAUUGCUGCAACCGUCUCUUAUCCACCUUGCCUGGAGGACUGGUACGCCAUGGUUGACGUAGACAAGCUUGAAAAGCUAACGGAGAACCCUGCCCUCUUAACAGGGGAAGCAGUGGCGAAUGUUAGCGCGUCUAACCGCUUCAACGACAUCGCUGACUUCUUCUUCACAUUGCGUCAAGCGUCUCCAAUUGUGCCACAAACAAUGAUCUCAAAAGCGAGAGAUAUCAUUAUGAGAAAUGAAAGUACACCCUUUCUUGAAAGAGUUGGACUCACUGUCCUUAUAUCUGAUCUUCUAAAGCUCUCAGAAAAGGCGAAGGUUGACUGCCUUCAAGAAGCUAUGUCAGACAUUGCAUCAUACUUACCACUCACAAUCCAAGGCCAGUAUCUCUUUAGGUACGAUUGUUUUGUUAAAAAGUUCAUUGAGGGAGGAGCAGCAGCUGACGCAGCGAAACAUACAUCGACUGAACUGAUCAAUGAAGCUCUCAACGCUAUCGAAGCAGCUUACAACGAGAAAGCAAACGAAAUAUUCAACUCUCUUUUAAGCAAGCCUGAGGAGCUUCAGACAGCGAUAGAAAGAGGAUUUCAAUACCUCCAGCACGUGCCAGUUCUGGCUUUCGGAAAACGAAUAGCUGAAGAAAUCAUAUCUGCACUUUCCCAGCGCAGUCCUUGGGAUUCCGUAAGCGAUCGCCUGCAACUGCUAAAGGAAGUCAACUGGUCAAUUACAGAGCGGACACCUGUUCGAAAAAGGGCGAUAGAAAGGCUUACCCGGCCUAGGUUCUUCAACCCACUACAACUAGCUGCAGACAUUCUCAGCUUUAUGGCAACUGGGUCCUACGAGAGGCGAAGACUUCCCAAAGCUCUGUUAAUUAAGCGCGUCAGUGCGACUGCGAAGAAAAUUGUGAAGCGUCUCCGGCCCGUUGGCAAAGCUCAGGACAGGGAAAUGAGAAUUGCAGCAAGCGAGAAGCUUCGUGAGCAACUUGGCGCGCCUGCACCGCCUCAAGAAAUAGAAGCUGUACCAUCUGGAGAACAGCCAGGAGAACAGCCAAGCACAGAGAGCCCAACCAGAGAAUCUGCAGUUGGCGAGAGCAGUCCCUUGGGUUCUGAGGAGCUUGCAAAGCCAGAAACUUCAGAAGAACUGGAAGUUGUUUCAGUCCCGCUUCGCGAAGAAACGGUGUCUAGUCAGCAGGGUGCGGCUGCGGAAGAUAAAACGUCUGAUGUAUCAGCAGAUGAGUCACGUGCGAGCUCGCCUACACAAACUGGCUCACAAGACAUCAGCGCAUUUGGAGAGGGAGCUCAGCAAAUUCUGUCAGCACUUGUAAAUAUUCAGACUGACACACCAAUGGUGAAAGAUAUUCUCCUCCUGCCGGUGGAGUUUCAGGGGUGA